AUGACGAACACUUCUGGCUGCACUGGAAAAGAUCUGUUUGUAAGAGGGAUGUCUCUCUACAAUAACCGCCGUUUUGGCUUGGCUCUACAGACUUUAAGAGAUGCUCUUGAUUGUUAUGAUCUUUCUACACGUGAUGCUUGGAAGGCACAAUACUAUAUUUACGUGAUCCACUUGAAAGGUUAUGGCACUCCUGUUGAUUAUAAUCUAGCUGAGGACUGGCUCAUGGAACAUGCAAAUGGAGGCAGUAUAUAUUCACUUUUUGAAGUAGGUUCGGUUUACAUGCAAAAUAAACGUUGCCAACACGAAGAAGAGUCGGGCCGCGAAUACGUGUUAGAAUCAGCUGAAAAAGGAAACAUAGACGCAGAGUUGUUUUUAGGCUCUUUUUAUCAAAAAUAUGGUAUUCACCGCGAUUUAGAAAAGUCAUUAUAUUGGCUCAAACGCGCUGCCGUUGUUGACAACAGAAAAGGUGUAGAAAUUCCCCUGUGCUUUAAAGCUCACUAUUUGAUUGGACUUGUUUAUAAGCGUGGACUGGGUGUUCCUGUCGAUCUUAAGUUGGCUUUGCACUGGUUCGAAAAAUCUUCAAAAGGCAAUAAUGGAUUAGGAAGACUGGAAAAAGGCUUGAUAGACUACUUCAGCGGUUCAUUUGGUCCAGUUGAAGAAAAAGCGGGUAUGGAGUGGCUGAAAAAACUAGCAGACAAGGGUUGUGCGUACGCACAGGCUGAGCUCGGUAAACGCUUUUGUCAAGCUUCCUCAAGCUUUUGUGACUAUAAAGAAGCAAUGUACUGGUUCCGAAAAGCGGUAGAUAGCACCGGCAAUAGCACUGCUCAACAUGGAAUAGGAAUAAUGUACAAAAGAGGCUGGGGCGUUGAAAUAAAUUAUAACACUGCUGUAUCAUGGUUUAAAGAAGCUGCAGAUGGGGAUGAUUCAAAUGGACAGUUUGCUUUGGGUAAAAUGUAUACUGAAGGCAAUGGUCUAAAAGAAAACUGGCGUAAAGGUGUAUAUUGGUACAAAAAGGCCAUAGAAAAUGAUAAUAAUCCAGAGGCUUUGUAUUUUCUUUCACAAUGCUACUAUAGGGGUUACAUAGAUGAAGGUAUCCCAAAGAACACCAGAUUAGGGUUGGAAUUACUUACAAGUUCGGCUGAGCAAGGAUUUGGAAGGGCUCAAAAAAGAUUUCGUUUGCUAUAUGGAAAAAGAAAGUUGACAAGGACGAAUUCCAGUGGAGCGUUGGCGUUGUUUAAAAAUUCUAUUAUUAUAAAUGAUGCAAGUAGUGUUUCUUUAUACAACAUUGGAAAGAUGUUUUUUAGUGGUUCUGGGGUUCAAAAGAAUUUUGGGUUGGCUAUCGAAUACUAUACCAAGUCAGCUAAAAAGGGCAACAAAGAUGCCAUCAGAGAAUUGAAACAACUACAACUAAUUGAAGAUAGCAAGAAACUAAUGGCUUCUGUAAACGAGGAUCCCGAUGAUACGGAUUCCAUAUUAUCAUCUUUAAAAAUCACUUCCAAUCAUGUAAAAGAAACCCGUAGCACUAUUCUACUCGAAACUGACGAGAGUCCCAAGUUUUUCCAUGUAGAGAAUACUAGUAGAACUACCGUGAUCAAUAACAAUGACAAAUGACCUCACUUUUUUUAUGUGGAAAAUACCAGAGCUAUCAACGUCGAUUUCAAUCCAAGGAUUUCCAAUGCAUCCUCUUCCUUAGGUAGCAGAUAUAGUCGUUAAACAAAAGUUAAAAAAAAAUAACCGUAUUAUCCAUAGCUCAACGGUCAGAAGGG